UAACUCUUUAACGGAGCAUAUAUUAAGAUGUAUAGGGAAAUACAUCAGUUUUACCUUUAGCUAGCAGAUACAUUGUGGUUAUUGUCUAUUGCUCAUUUUAAGUACCACAACCACAACUUCUAAACAGCUGAAUCUAAAACCCCGUCCAGGAUCGUAACGAGCAUUUUUAAACCGUGAGUACAGUACAAUAAAUUAUGUACAAAUUAUGUAUUAUGCAUCUUUCAAAGGAGAAAAAUGCAAACGUUAAUGGGAUUUUCUUUUGGAUUGUUUGCGUGGAAUAAUUACUCCCUCAGAUGUCUUAAAGCUUAUAUUACGAGCAUGUUUUGAAAGUAUAAGUAGAAAGUACUUGCGUUCAAAUGUAGGGAAUAACUGUUACCCUGGAAUGCACCUGUCUACGCAUGCGUACCAAAUGCUAUGGCUGUAUAUUGUUGAAUGUCCUCUUUCGCUGGUAUUUAUUUACCCUUACAGUACUUUACAGUAAUCUUACUUUAAUCCUGUAAACCGACAGCAUUGUGUUUAAAAUAACAUUAGAUUGGGGCAAAAACUCGUUAACAGAAGUUCCCGUUUUAGCCCGUUUGAUGGAGUUAAUGUAGCAACUGGCACAAGCUAACAGCUGGCGCCAGCAACCGAUCGGAUAAUGAUCAAGUUCGUGCUAAUGGUGAACCGACAGGGUCAGACCAGGCUGUCCAGGUAUUAUCACUCUGUGGAGCUGAGCAGAAGAGCAGCUCUUGAGGCCGAUGUAGUACGCUACUGCCUGAGCCGCAAGAAAGAUCAGUGUUCCUUUGUGGAGUACAAAGACUUUAAAUUGGUUUACCGCCAGUAUGCUGCUCUGUAUAUCGUGGUGGGCAUCACAGACAGUGAGAAUGAGCUGUCCAUCUACGAGCUGGUUCAUAACUUUGUGGAGGUCUUGGAUAAAUACUUCAGCCGGGUGAGUGAACUGGAUAUAAUGUUCAAUCUGGAUCGAGUUCAUAUCAUCCUGGAUGAGAUGAUCCAGAACGGACACAUUGUGGAAACAAACAAGAGCCGCAUCCUCGCACCCCUCACCACUAUUGACAAGAUGGUGGACAGCUAACAAAAAGAAGAAAGAAAGUCACGGACUGUUCUUCAGGCUGAGGACUGGCCUGCAGCUUACACUCUGAAUUUAGAAUCUGCUUAAAGGUACUGAUGUUAAAAUAAAAAGAAUAACUCAGUGCCCACAUGUACUCUGGUCAGUAUAUUAAUACACAUCUGUACAGUGUAUCCAGAUGUUCGAUCUGCACAGCUGAGAGAAGGAAGCCUCCCUCUGAAGUUGGCCAGUUUGAAUUUAUUCAGGAAGAAAACCGGUUGUGUGAAUUUAGCGGGGAAUGAAUUACAUUUUAUUUUUUUAUUUUUAAUUUGCCUUUCGGGGUAUUGGCAGACCACAGGAAUUGUUUGUAACAAACCAAAACGUAAAGACAUUUGGUGGUAUUAUGUCUAAUAUGUAAUAAAACAAUAAAAAAAACCAAAAUAAAAAUUCUAUAACUCUAGUUCAUUUUUUUAAAUAUAAUAUCCUUAAUACUGAAACAUCUGUAUGAUAAGUUUGCAAAAAAAUUUAGAAAAAGGCUACAAGAUAAAUAUCUAAAUCAAUUACAUCUCUACGCGGUGAUUCUCAGCAACUGGACUGCUGUAGAUGAUAAAUCUGCUUCAGCCUCAUGUUGGUUGAAGUGCAGUUGUAAUACUGAAACACUUAAACGUGCAAACGAAAUGG